CCUUCUCCUUGUCGUGGGCCUGGUGGCGGCCGCCUUCGCAGACGACUACGCCUUCAACCAGAUAUACGAGAUGGCCGAGCGCAUCGAGGUGUGCCUCAAACCCGUCAAGGACCAGAGCAGCUUCGAACUCCCCGCCGGCAUGUGCCUGAUGGAGACCCGCUGGAGCCUGGUGGGCGGCCUCGCCCCGGGCAUGGUGCCCGCUGACGUUGCUUCGUGCCUGAAGGAGAGGAAUGUUCCCAACGACACUGUGGCCACCGUGGAGGAGUGCCUCGUGGACUCCAUGGCCGUGCCUCUCAAGCCCGCACUCGAAGAGGCCGACUACUCCGCCGAGCAGCGCGACGAGAUCAGCGCCCCAUCGAGGUGUGCCUGUCCUCCAUCCCCGAGACCCCGUACGCGGAUCCCGCCUCGGACUGCCGCAACCACGCCCUGGGGCCCUGCGGACGAGGGCUACCCCAAGGAGACCCUCGUCGACUUCAUCGUGCCCUGCCUCGAGGGCAAGAAGAUCUCCGCCGCGGUCGUGGCCCAGGCCCCCGACGUGCAUCGCCGCGUCCCUUGCACAGCCCCUGUGAUUUCCAAAGGGUUUCUCUUAUCUUGA